AUGUCAAUCGCAACCGCCUCCCUCAAGCACAUCACAGCGAUGACCUUCGAAUUCGCGCCAUUGAGCGCCUCGCAAGCCUCGCGCUCGAUGCGCAUCCUCCUCGCGCAGCUGCCCACCAAGCCGCCCGUCCCCGGCAUGGACCUACCCGAUAUCAAGACCAGGACCGUAUCCACAGACGCGCUGCAGCGCAUCGAGGUGACCUACAAGAACAAGCAGAAGCUCGUGCUCGACUCGCAAGCGAGCGAGGCGCGGUUGAGCGACUUGGUCAAGAAGAUCGAGGAACCUGCAAGAGCACUUCGUCUCAAAGAAGAGGGUCUCUAA